UGGGUUAGCACUCAUCUCAGGUUAACAAACCUAGCUAGCCAGUAAGUCCACAAUGGCAGGCACUAAACUUGUAGCUCUCGGAUUUAUUGUUCUUUUGAGCAUUGGGUUAGCCAAUGCCGCGAGAGUAGCUAGAUACUCGAAUGCUGAAGGAAAUGGCUCGGGACAGGGCGGGGGUGUCGGAUACGUGAAUGGUGGUGGCUCGGGGUCUGGAAGUGGUGCUGGGGCUGCACAGAGCGGCUCAAAUGGUGCCCACGCUACUGCUGGAGGUGGAGGUGGAGGUGGUGGCAAUAGCCAAUACGGUGGAUAUGGGGCGGGUGGUGGAUCCGGCGUUGGUUCAAGCUCUAGUCAGUAUGCUACCGGGUAUUAUUCUGGUUAUGGUGGUUACUCUAGCGCUGGAGGUAACGGUGGAGGUGGUGGUGGAGGACAAGCUGGGGGUAACUGGGGAUCUAGUGGUUCUGGUGAUGGCAGUGGUGCUGGCUCUGGCUCUAGUUCGGCCAACACAUACUAUGGUGGACCGAGUUACGCGAAUGCUGAUGCUAAUGGUAAUGGUAAUGGUAAAGGCACCGGUACAUAUGGUGGGAGCGGUGGUGGCCAAGGUACCGGUUCUGGAUAUGGUGAUGCCAGCCCAUAAUUCUCCUCACCAUCCAACCAAAAUACACUUGAAUAGAGCCUAAUGUGUAAUAUUGUAUUUUGAAGUUAUAGUAUUUUUUUCUUUAUUUGUACUCUUUUAUGUCUAGCAAGAAAUAAAGGGCUCUAUUAUUUUGGUAAACGUACUAAAGUCUGUAUUGAUGACUUGUGUGGGUGGGCGUGGUUAAGAUUGUGUUAUUGUUCUCAGCAUUCAUCAGUGAA